UUACAACUCAUGAUACAUACACAAUUUCCUGGCAGUUGCGCACGAACUUACUUUCUCUUUCUUGUUCCUUUUAGCAUAAAAAAAAAAAGAAAAUAAAAAAAAAAGAACCAAAGUGCUGAAACCAACAACCCUUGAGUUCUGUUCAGACUUGUGAUCUCACCUCUCAACCACACAUACAUUCAAUUCAAUUCAACUCAAUCUAUAAUGCAUUAAAGUAUUAAUUUAUGUAUAAUAAUGAAAGAAAUAUCAUAAUCAAAUUGAAAUAACAGAAUUGAACUCUUUUUGAUAUAGAUAGAUCUGUACAAAUGCAUGGGUACAGCCGCUUGGGAAGGAGUAAGAGCGGCGGCGUCAUCGGUGGUGGAAAAUCCUCCUCCUCCUCCUCCUUUUCCUCCAAAUCAUCAUCAUCAUGGUCCAAAUUUGUAUAUCUUUUUAUGUCAGCUAUUUUCAGAAGAAGAGGCUUAUUACUAUUUGCACCUCUUUUAUAUAUUGCUGGUAUGUUAUUGUAUAUGGGUUCUUUGAGCUUUGAUAUUGUUCUUGUUUCCAAACAUCAUCGUCUUCCUCCUCCUCCUCCUGGUUCUCUCUAUACAAGUCCUCAACUCUUUCAUAAUCUUUGGCCUUUCAUGCUAAACUCUUCCAAUAAUUCAACUUCUCUCAAUGUUUUGAUGAAAGCUUGGACUGUGAAAGAGGAUAGACAAUGGAAGCCAUGUGCUAAUAAAACUCUUCCUCAAAUAGAAUUUCCCAAGUCAAAUGGUUACCUUAUAAUUGAAGCAAAUGGUGGGCUGAAUCAGCAACGCUUGUCGAUAUGUGAUGCAGUUGCUGUGGCUGGAUUACUAAAUGCAACUCUUGUCAUUCCAAUAUUUCAUUUAAAUAGUGUAUGGAGAGACUCAAGCCAUUUCGGUGACAUUUUCGAUGAAAAUUUCUUCAUACAGUCACUUGGGAAGCAUGUGCAAGUGGUAAGAGAACUUCCAGAUGACAUACUUCAACAGUUUGACAAUAACAUAAGUAACAUUGUCAAUCUUAGAGUAAAAGCUUGGUCUAGUCCAGCUCACUAUCUUAAGAAGGUUCUUCCUCAGCUUUUGGAAAUGAGGGCUGUUCGUAUUGCACCUUUCUCCAACAGAUUAGCUCAAUCAGUACCCUCAAAAAUCCAAGGGCUUAGGUGCUUUGCCAACUUUGGAGCUCUUAGAUUUUCUGAACCUAUUAGAACGCUUGCAGAAAGCAUGGUUGAUCGGAUGGUGAAGCAUAGUUCCCAAAGUGGUGGGAAAUAUGUUUCAGUGCAUCUUCGUUUUGAGGAGGAUAUGGUUGCAUUUUCAUGUUGCGAGUAUGACGGUGGGGCAGAGGAGAAACGUGAAAUGGAUAUCGCUCGUGAAAGGAGUUGGCGAGGUAAAUUCAAAAGAAAGCAUAGGAUAAUAAAGCCUGGUGCAAAUCGGGUGGAUGGAAGAUGUCCUUUGACUCCAUUGGAGGUAGGGAUGAUGCUUAGAGGCAUGGGCUUCGAUAAUACCACCUUAGUAUAUGUUGCAGCUGGAAAAAUUUAUAAAGAACAAAAGUACAUGGCACCACUUAAACAGAUGUUUCCACGAUUACAAACAAAAGAUACACUGGCAACUCCAGAAGAGCUUGCUCAAUUUAAGGGCCACUCAUCUAGGUUGGCUGCUCUUGAUUAUACUGUUUGUCUUCAUAGUGAAGUAUUUGUUACAACUCAGGGUGGAAAUUUUCCUCACUUCUUGAUGGGUCACAGGAGAUAUAUGUAUGGUGGGCAUUCAAAGACAAUUAAACCUGAUAAAAGAAGAUUGGCUCUAUUAUUCGAUAACCCUAACAUAAGAUGGGAAGUAUUUAAGCAACAAAUGAAAGACAUGCUUCGCCAUAGUGAUCAAAAGGGAACCGAGGUAAAAAAGGCUAGUGAAUCCCUAUAUACUUUUCCCAUGCCAGAUUGCAUGUGUAAACAGGUAGAACCCAAAAAUGAAAAUGCUAACAUUGGGAAAACCAUGAAAUUAUAAGUGUAAAAGAAUUGUCUUUAGGAAAUCAAAUUGUUCAAUAGAUGUAAUUUUCUAUCUAUAUCAUUAAGUUAUAAUUCAAAAAGAAAAGUAGUUUGAUUCAAACUUGGAGAAAAGCCAUAAACUAAGGUUUCAGUUUUUUUUUUCCUUCUCAUUUUCUCUGAUUUAUGUAGUAGUUAGCUGUGAAAUUAUAAUUCUUUGUACAUGAGAUUGUUGCAACACAAGAAAGACUUGUUCCACCUGAUGAUGAAGAUUCAUUUUUGGAGGACUGGCAAGCUUUGUGACUACUCAAGUUACUAGACCAAGCAGUUCAUUUAACCAAUGAUAAAAGAAUAUAACAAUUAGUUGCUCUUGUUGCUCAAAUGAUUCAUUUUCCUCAUGCCAUGUGCCAAAUUUAAUUAGUUUAGAAAUAUUAUUUUGUAUUGUAUAAUAGCUAAUCAUUGUAGAAACCUUUUCAGAUUAGCAGUGCAUGAUGAGUUUUAUUACUUAAAAAGUUAUUGUUAUAAAUAAGAAGGUUGAAAUUGUUGUAGUGUGUAACCUUUCUAAUCCUUCAAAAUAUAUUAUUAGCAGGAUUUAUCACCCAUUGAACUGGUGGAUGGUGUUUUUGGUUU